UAUAUCAAAGUUUAAAAGCAAUUAAAUUUGAACCGUCACUGUUACGAAAAUGAUACUGGAAGCAUUGUUUUCAACCCCACCAAUUGGAAGUAGCAUUGCAGAGAAAUGUUAUCCUUCUGCCAACAUACCAUCAAUAUCCUUUAGGAAAAUCAGUCUUGAUUGGAAUUCCGUACGCAACGGAUACACCCGCGCUUUAACAAUCGCUUACGCUUUCAUUACAUUAACAUUAAGCACAUUCCCAUAUAUAUACUCAAGUACAUACAUAAUUCAUAACAUUAAUAUUUAGUUAAUUUAAUGAUGCCCAAACACGCUUAAAACUAGUACAAGUUAACUCACAACAUUUAUAAAUAAAAAUUAACAAAAACAAAAAACAUAGAAACAGAAGUCAAAUAAUAAAUAAUAAAAUAGAAAGAAUGGGAAUUUAAAUUCUUACGCAUAAACCAUUCACAAAGUCAAAAGGAUACCAUAAUCGACUAAAUACAAAAAGGAUACAUACUUAGUUAGUAUGUGAAGUGUGUAAAUUAUUGCUGUUUUAGUGUAAUUAAAUGUUAACAAAAGCAUAAAAAAAUAGUGACUAAUUUGUGAAUUCAAAGAAAACUCAGUAACGAUUUUAACGAAUUCAACAUGUCUCCCAACAACAAGGAUACAUUAAAAUAUUAAACGGACCCACCCAAUUUUGCACAAUUCAUUAUUAUUUCAAACAUUCGCAUAUAUAUAAGCGUAAAAUAAGUUACAACUGUCAACAGAACUCGAUUCAAACGGCAAUUCGUUGUUGUUGGUGUUGGUGUUGCUGUUGGCGCCAACAUAGCUAAUAGUUGUUGGCAAAAUAUAAAUAUUUCGAUUAAGGACACUUGUCGCGCUUCGUCUACAACAACACUGAGAAUAUAUUUACCCACCGAUGGGUCGUCGUAAAGAUAAACCGCGUCUCAUACCCGAACAAGACAAGCGAAUAUGUCGCGCAAUUUGUUUUUGUCAACUGACCAUGGUUUUGUCCUGUGUCUCGAUUGUAUAUUUGUCAUCUGCCAUUUAUUCGCCUUCACUAAAAGCAUUUAAGAGUGGUUUCGAACUGGAUCCAGUGAUGUGCCAAACUGUUGAUAUACAAAUGCCGAAUAACUGUCCAUGGGCUUCAUGCGGUGAAUGGUGUUUAACACGUACAAGCGGUUUCUGUCCCCAAAUACAUUCUGUAGUACGUCGCAAUGGAACCGAUAUACAAUUAAACAAUUGCACUCGUAUCACCAAUACAUCUUGUGCGAUGAGAGAACAAGCACCAAGAUGUCCUGAAACCUGUCCAGCAGAACAAAUGUCAAAGCAAAGACAAUGCUUGAAUGAACGCAGCAUAUUAAUUUUGAAUAUGUUGAAGUCAUUAUUUUUUAAUCCAUUACUGACUAUGACUUUAUUGGGUAUUGCUGGUGGUUUUAUCUUUCCCAAUGGCUUACCGGAAUUGGUAGCAUGUGUACUACGAGUUUUUGGACAAUCAUUUUCUGCAACCGCACUAUUUUUAUUGGGAUUGAAAAUUGUGGGACAAGGCGGUAACAAAUCCUUGAAUGGCUCUGCAUUUUUAUUACCUGGGAUUCUAAUUUUAGUAAAAAUAUUGGUAUUACCUUUAGUUUGUCGACAAACAGUUAAUAUAAUGCAAGCUGGUACAGAUUUUAAUGACACUACUGAAUUAAGUACUUAUGGAUUUCUGUAUGGAACUUUUCCAGCCGCCCCUGGCGCUUUUGUUAUUGCAUCUCAAUACAAUGUUGAAGUUGAACUGAUUGCUCAAAGUAUGGUACUUUGCACAUUUAUUUCAGCACCUUUAAUGUUUAUCUCUGCGAAAAUGAUUUCUUUAACGAAUCUCAAUCCUGUGGAUUAUCUACAUGAACUAGACGCCUUUUCAUUUGACAUUAGUAUUGCGGGUGUGGCAGCCUGUGGUUGGGUUCUAUUAUUGCUCAUAACGUCGAAACGCCUAAAACGUAUGCCACAUCGGAUCACAGCAUGCUUGGUGCUUUCUCAACUAAUGUGUUGCAUUGGUGUUAUUCUGUGGUCAAAACUGGAACACUUUGAAACAUGGCAACAUUAUAUACAGUUCUUCCUAUUUAAUAUAGGCAGUUAUAGUAGUCGUUUAUGGACUGGCAUUUUAGCGAUUACUUUGCUAUUUCUACAAUGCCGCAGUUUGUGUUUUGUGCUAAAGCUUUGGCCUUAUAUGGUAACAUUUGCUUGGGGAGUUCCAGCUAUUAUAUCUGGACUACUGAUUGCUUUUGAUAGUAAUGUUAUGUCGAAAGAAAAACAUAAUCCAAGUUUUCAAUAUGGUAAUGCACAAGCUGCUGUCUCUGUGUUUUUGCUAGUUAUGUGUUUCAUAGUCACUGUCGGCUGUUUGGUACUACAUCAACGUUACAAAAAGCGUUACGAAAAGUAUUUAAAUUUUGCGCGUGAAUUGUCAAAUCCCGAAUCAGAAUCGUCAGAUUUGCAAUCGACUAUAUCAACGGCAAAUUUAUUAUCAAAUGUGGAUAGUAAUGUUAAUACAACUAUACAUCAUCGACAUCGUAAUGCUUCUUAUUCAUCAUCAUCUGAUGAUGAGGAAAUGAUACGUACAACUUCAAAUACCCAGAACAAUAAUACUAAUGUACGUGGUUGUGCUGGAGGUAGUGGUAAUUGUUGUUCAUCGACAGUAACAACUCCAACCACAGCAACAACUGUUGUUGUUGAUAUUGAAGAUUUGUUAAAUAGACGCAAUACAGCUAUAAAUAAAAAUAGCAGUCCAACUACUUCAACAGAUCAGUUUCAUGAUGAUUUCAGACAUAAUCAUGCUGCACGGACAAUGUGUAGUCCAUCGUUUGACUGUGGACCGAGUACAUCAAGACAAAAUUGUCAAAAUAUGAUUGAACGUUAUGAGGAGCAAACAAGAAAUGGUCUUGAACCUUUAGAAUUUCCAACCGAUACAGAUGAGCAUCAAACGUUAAAACACACUGUAUUGCUGAUCAUUUUAUUAUGUUCAAUGUUUGUGAGUUUAUCCAACAUGACAAAAAUCAACUAA